CAUGAAAAUGGCCUUUACUAGGCGGGAAAAUUGCACUAUAUAUUGAUAUGGGCUACAGUCGAGUGGACCACGGAGGCAUAUCCGGCUAAUUGCCCCCUUCAUGCCUAUAAGAAAUACCAAAGUUUUCAAAAUCGUUCUGUUGCAGUCAAUUAUUGUACACAAGCAAGAUACAUCAUGCGUAGAAGGCAUCAGUUGAGCAACAUUAAUGACAUAUUUCUAACAGUUGUAAAUGGAAAUCUGCAUGGCUUAAAGAAUUACCUAACCAAUGGUGGCAAUGUGAACCUGCAAGAUAGAGAUGCAGUCACACUUCUACACAAGGCAGCAGAAGAAGGUGACAUCAGCAAAGUGAAAGUACUGCUUGAACAUGGAUGCUGUGUGGAUUCUCAGGACAAAGAUGGCUGCACACCUGUAUAUGUCGCUGUCAGCAAGGGACAUCACUCUAUCCUGAAAGUUCUUUUAGAAGCAGGAUCAUUUGUGAACACUGUAGCCAAUCAACAUACCACACCUCUUAUUUUAGCAGUUAUUAAAAAAGACAGGAAGUCUGUGCGUUUAUUGCUAGACUGUAGUAAAAGCUGUGAUAUCGACAUGGAAAAUUAUUUCUUACAGUCAGCAUUAACACAGGCCAUUGUUUCCAACAAUCAGGAAAUUUGUGAAAUGCUUUUAAGUAGUGGUGCAUCAGUGAAAUGCAUAUAUAAUAAAAGUUUUUCUCUUGAAGUCGCGCGUGUAUUAUGCCAGAAUAUAGAAUUAAUGAAACUGUUUUUGAAAUACUCCAAGAGAAUGGAUCUAAAUUAUCACCUUAUGAUUGCCUGCAUUUAUAAAAAGCUCGAUGUUGCAGAGAUGGUACUGCACAAGUUUGAUGAUCCGUUUCAGCGAAAGGCUUUAGGGUUUGUUACCAAACAAGAGGAAGACAGUGUCUGGGAGCGAUUAACUAAAUCGGUUGUGCAACCAUAUAAACUUGCUACAAAAUGCUCAAAAGAUAACAAGUUCCUUAUGAUGCUGUUUAAUUUCUGCAUUUCUGAGCAUAAUCAAGAUCAAAGAAGAAAUCAUAAAUUAAGAGCUAUAGCUAUGAUACGUAUUUUAAUGAAAUAUGGUUUGGUUAUUCAUCCGCAGACUUCUGUUAAACAGUGUCAUAUUGACUGUGAAUGUAGGAAAAGUAUAUUUACUGCACAGUAUGACAGUGAUGUGGUAACUAGUUUGAAAGGACAGUGUUGCUCUGUAAUUAGGCAAACAUUACGUGGGGAUGAUAAUUUUGAACUGCAAGAGGUGGCAAAACUACCAGUUCCGAAAGCACUUCAGCAAUUCAUUUGCAUGGCAGAUUGGUAAUUUGUUGAUAGGUUAGCCAGUGGUUUUACAGAGGCAGUAAUACACUACAUUUUUAAGCUUGACUUGACACAGUAUAUGGAGAGUUGUCCUACUCAAACAGGCAUCUUGGGUAACAUUUCGAUGCAAAUUCACUUUAUCUCUGUUAUUACUUGAUUUAUUUGCUUCAAACUUGAGUUGUUCCUCAACACUCACGUCAUAUAACAGCUUACACUAAUAUUUCCUUAAGGAUGCCCCAUUUAUGUAGAAUUCCAGGUUAAACUAAAUAAAGUUUUGAUGCAUUUUCACUCUAUCUCUGUUUUUACUUCCUGGAUUGUCUUCAGGCUUAAAAGUUAUUCCUUAUCAUCACCCACAUGAUGUGACACAAGGGUCAUAAGUCCCCCCGACAAUAUUUCAUGAAUUAUAUCCCAUUUUAAUUAAAGUUUCAGGCUAAAGUUUGAUGCACUUUCCUUCUAUUUCUGUUAUUAGUCAAUGCAUUUGAUUUAAAUUUGAAAUAGUUGUUCAGCAUCAUAUGACACAAGAUCCAUGACUCUGGAACCAGUAUUGCAGGAGUUAUGUACCCUUUCUACUAAGAAUUUCGGUUUAAAGUUUUGAUGCUCUUCAUUCUAAUCAUGUUAUUUCUAAACAGACUUGAUAUAGACUUAAAGUAAUAUUUUCCUAAUCAUCACUCACAUCAUAUGACACAAUGUGCAUUACUUUGGAAGAAAAAUCCAUGAAUUGUGUACAUUUUGUACUUAGAAAUUUUGGUAAAUGUUUUGAAGUGCUUUCUCUCUUGCUCAAGUAGUACUAAAUGGAAUUAAAUCAAAAUUUAGAUAAUUGUUCCACAUUAUCACCCACAUCAUAGGAAAAAAGUUCUUAACUCUGGCAGAUAUAUUCCAUGAAUUACAAUAUGUCUCUUUUCUACUUACAAAUUUUGAUUAAUGUUUUGAUGCAUUUUCUUUCUGUCUCUUAUUUUUAGCUCACCUGUCACAUAGUGUGACAGGAUGAGCUUUUGUGAUCGCCCUUCAUCCGUCGUCAGUCCACAAUUUCUUGUGAACACGAUAAAGACCACAUAUUGCAAUCAAUUUUAAUCAAACUUGAACACAAUUUGUAUUGGCAUAAUAUCUCAGUUCCUUUCGAAAACUGGCCAGAUCCCUUCAUGGAUUCAAGAGUUAUGGCCCCUUAACUCCUUGGGGCCGAAAUGCGACUAAAGGCGCUAUAUUUUCUAUCCCUGUAGCGUCGAUAUCCGACUAUACGCGCGUUAUCAGGACUCCCCAGGACGGCGAUUGACGAGUAUAGUCGCGGCACCGAGAUCAUGCUGAUUGCAUCACGUACUUGUUAAUUUUUGAUAAUUCUGAUAAAAGCAAAACUAUUUUGCAUACCGGCUAUUAUUUCUUAGAUGUUAUAAUUAUUAAUUAUGCUUAUAAUUAGUUUCCUUGUUAAAAUAAAUUUUUGUAAAUAUGCCGUAAAGGAAAUAAAAAAGACGAACUCUGCUGUGUUUCGUUCAUACAGUAUUUUAAAAGAUUAAAAAAAUGUUGGCUGCCAGAGAUUUUUCUUACAUUGAAAUAAAAUAUUUAUUAUCAUGCUAAUUGUGAAGUAUCAGUUUCGUCGGAUGAUGAUUCUGACGAUGAAAUUUCAUUAUCAGAGAAAUGAAUGCUCGGAAAAUGUUAAGUUUUAGAAAGCUGAAAUAUUCGUACACUUACAUCGUAUUAAAUUAAAAUGGUUAAAAAUAACACAGCAAAACAUGUGACAUACACAACAAUGUGUGUAAGUAAACGCUUUUUGUAAAUUUAAUAAUUCUUCAAAGAUGGGUGUAAAUGUUACAACUUAACUGUCUCAGUGCGUGUCACACAACGUUUGCGUACAUGUUUAGAAAUUAAUUAUACAUCAAACAAACCAUCGAUAUUCCCUCAAAAAAGGGUGUUAAUUUUGAGUAAUGCUGAUGUAAAUACUCUGCAAUAAUAAUGCAUUUAUAUUUAUUGGAAUUUAAUGCGUUUACAUGUGAAAAAAAGUAAUAAAAUCGGAAAUGUUCAAAUAUUUAUUAAACGCAAUAGGUGUGUAAAAAAAGAGAAUGUUUCGAAGUGAAAUUAUUACAUUUUGUAUUCUGUUUGGAUAUAAGUUACGGACGAAAGUGGAUAUAUAUAAAUAUUUGUUAAAACUUGGAAGAUUUUAUAAGUAUAGUUUGAUUUACAUCCAUGUUAAUAAUAUUUCCAUGUAUGAUUUCAAUUGACUGCAUGCGAGUGUGAUUAUGAUAAGAUCAGAUGAUAUUCUUCGACGUCAGGUGGUAAUUCUUAUCUCGCCGCAGCACAUAUAUUAUGAUAUCGGCCUCAAGGAGUUAAAGGGCCAAAAUAUGCUACUUUUGGCUUGUGAACACGAUAGAGACCACAUUUUGCUAUCAACUUUAAUAGAACUUGCACACAACUUGUAUUGGCAUAAUAUCUUGGUUCCUUUUCGAAAGCUGGCCCGAUCCCAUCAUGGGUUCCAGAGUUAUGGCUCUCUAUUAAGGGCCAGAAUUUGCUAUUUUUGGCUUGUGAACACAAUAGAGACGUUUGCAAUCAACUUUUAUCAAACUUGCACACAACUUGUGUUGGCAUAUUAUCUCGGUUCCUUUUGAAAACUGGCCAGAUCCCAUCAUGGGUUAAUCCAGAAUUAUGGCCCCUUAAAGGGCCAAAAUUUGCUAUUUUUGGCCAUACUUUCUUGUUUUUUAAGAUACAGCUUUGAAAAUUGGAUGACAUGUACAGUUUUGCAUGCCUAUCUUUAAAAACUGACUUUCAGUGACCAUCAAUGUGACCUUCUGACCUACUUUCUUGUUUUUAAGCAAAAAGGUUUGGACCACCCAUAAUAUUUUUUUACAGAUUUCAAAAGUAAUCUUGCAUAAUCUUUACCUUGACCCACUCUCCUAAUUAUUUUGUUUUUAAAGCUUUAGCUAAGAAAUUUGUUCAAGCAAGCAACUCUACUCAGAUGAGAGAUAUAGGGACAUCAUGGCCCUCUUGUUAAUAGAUUUGAUACAAACUGUUGUCCGGCAUCAUCAUUCACAUACUUGGUUAUUAAUCAUUCCAGUGGUAACUCUAGUUUCCUCAAAUAUGUUGCUUUCUCCUUGAUUCGCGCCUCUUAAAUCUUUUAGGGGUGUGCAUAUUUUUGUAAACCUGUUCAAUUAAAUGAUUUCUGUUUGUUGUUACAAAAAUAUUUGCAUUUAACAAUGGACAUUAAGAAUUACAAUGUUAUCAUCUUUUAUAUGCACUUUUUUUGCACAAGUCUGAAGGAGGUCAAACUCCGUAUCAUUUUAAAACUUUCUCAUCGAUUCAAGCCCUUUGUUUGGUAGGUCAAUAAGUGUUAAUGUUUGCACAGUCUAUUUCCAUAAAGCAAAUUUCUAUCAAGACUGAAUCCUUGUUCACUCGUUACAACAGUCGAAAUAUGCUCGGGAUGCUUUUAAUUUGAAAUUUGGGCUCACAGUAUUACCCACUGUGUAAUUUCCUUUAGAAAUAAGCAGUUUUUGAUGCAAGGUAUUAAAACAGGUAUUUACACAAAUUUUCAGUGAUUUCAUGACUAAUAUUUUCCAAGGCAUUUUAAAAUGUAAAUGACAAAAGUUUCUGAUGGAAGAACAUGCUACAUGAGCAUGAAUUUUACUGAAACACAAGGGCUCGAAUCAAUGAGAAAGCUCGAAUCGACGAGAAACAGGCAUAUACGCUAUUUCAGUACCAAUCAUCAAAAUAGUUGACUGUACUGUCUCUUCUGACAGGACUGGUGUUGUUAAAGGGAGUUUUAGGUUGACUUGUUGAGUAUUAAAAGACAAAAAAAUUACUAUUUCUAGUUAUUGCAGGAAACUUAUUUUUCAUGUUUUAACAGACAGAAUUUUGAUGAUGUGUGUUUGUGUGUUUCUUUUAUGAUUUGCUUACCUGAAGUACCAAGAUGCAGAAUAUGUCACAUUUCUUCUUCAGUUUGCCGUUUUGUGCCACAAAUUUAACAUUUUAAGAUUUUAUAGGGCAUAUAUUAUAUUUUUUGAUGAUUUGUCACAUAUUAUUUUCUAGAUAGCAAUACUUUCAACGUGUUAAUAAUAAACCAUUUCAUCCUGCAUUCAUACAAGGUAUUGGCUUGAAUUUUUGAAAACAACUGUUUUUCAGAAUUUUGUAAUGAAACAGUAAUCAAUGUUUCUGCAAUAUAGUUUAUACUGGUUCUUGGAAGAUAAUAUAGCAAUUCAAGACAAACCUAGUGACAGAUUAAGUUGAUUAAACAGCAAGUAAAAAUAGGAAACACCUACAUGAUGUUGUUUCGGUAAGGUAAUGAACCAUUAGUCCUCUAUAGCUGAAAUGUUGGCAAUAAAUAUAAGUGACUUGUUUAA